GUCGUUGUAGAUCAGAAAUCGAAAGGUUGAUACUUUAUAUCUUCAUUACCAUCUGACAGUCCACACAUAUCAAAAUUCAAGUUUUAUGUGCUGUGAAUAGCCUGGAAAAUAAGUCCUGGUGAGAUCUGCAUCACAGUAAAAUUGCAGAAAUGGCUGGCGCAUCAGGCCUGGUGAGUGUUCUCGAGCACGGCUAUAUCCCACCACCUCUUGAUCACUCAGAUACCGAAAAACUUUUACAUCUCACUUUUUUCGAUAUGUUUUGGCUCAACUGGCCUCCCCUCAGCCGUGUUUACUUCUAUGAUUUACCCUGUUCUAAAGCUGAGUUUACGCAAACAAUUGUUCCGCAACUUAAGAAAUCACUAGCCAUGACCCUUAAACACUAUUAUUACUUUAGCGGUAAUCUAAUAGUCCCUACAAGCCUUUCCAGCCAUAUCGCCCCUGCAAUUAGGUACCUAAAGGGGGACUCUGUUUAUGUAGUUAUAGCGGAGUUUAAGGGUGAUGCUUCCAAAGGAUUCAAACAUGUAUGUGGUAAUCAUGUUCGACUUAUCUAUGAUUUGCUUCGUCUUGUUCCUGAACUCCCACCUGGCUAUACUCAUGGAAUUGAAAAUGACAGGUAUGUCGCGUCUCCAGUUCUCUCUGUUCAGGUAACGUUGUUUCCCGGCCAAGGAUUCAGCGUUGGAUUCAGAAACUCCCAUGUUAUCGCUGAUGGAAAAUCCAUGUCAGAUUUUAUCAGGACAUGGGCUUGCAUUAAUGCUAAGCAACUCAGGGGCGAAGACGAUUAUGAUAAAAUAAAUACUCUCCCGUUUUAUGACAGGAGUGUGAUCAAAGACCCCAAGGGCAUAGCUUCAAUUUUCUUGAGGGAAUCUUUACCGGUGGCAAACUCUCAUGUUUCUUCUCCUAGGGCGCAUCACUGCAGAGAUCUGGUUCAAGCCACAUUGUUGAUUAAUCGAGUCCAGAUCCAAGGGCUCAAACACUUGGUGACAGAUCAAUAUCCCCAGGUAUCGAGUUUCGUGGUAACGUGUGCAUAUGUAUGGACUUGCAUGGCAAAGACACGCAUGGCUCUACAACAAUUUACAUAUGAUAAAGAGGAAGUUAAGGAACAUUUCGUUUUCAUGAUGGACACCAGGGAACGUUUGGAUCCGCCAGUACCUUCAAACUACUUUGGAAAUGCUGUCGUGAAUUGUAGAUGUAGCCUAAAUACUAGCCUAUUGGUGGUUGAGCACGAAGGCUUCAGGAACGCGGUUAAAGAAAUAAGAAGGGUUCUCGAUGAAAAGUUGAACAAUGAGGAGGGAGUGGUGAAAGGGUUUGAGAAGGUUUUUGAUGUAAUUAAAGCUAGCAUAAUGCAACACAAAUUUGGGGUUUCAGGAUCACCAAAAUUCGACUAUUAUAGUACAGAUUUUGGGUGGGGAAAACCGAUUAAAUAUGAAGCUGUUUCAGAGAAAUUCGGACUAGUUGGAUCAAGAGAUUCAGAUGGAGGUCUGGAAAUUGGAGUAUGCUUUCCAAAACCCGAGAUGGAGGUUUUCACUGCUAUUUUCACCCAAGGAUUAAUCAGCUAAAACAGUACUCCAGUUUCUUCAAAUCUUUGUCAUUAGAGUUCCAUAAAAAAUGUCUAAUUUUGAAUUCAGCUUUGCGUAUGAAAUUAUACUCUAAUUACAUACCA